UAACUCAACUACCAACGAUUAAUUUGAUUAAAUUCUAUGAAAAUUUAAUUUAUACUGUUAGUACUAGUUCUAGUUGUGUCAGUUAAUAGUGAUUAACAAAUCAUAAUGAGUAUAUUGUUACGAAACACAUUGAAUAGGAAUUUAGAUUUCAAGUCAUUAUUGGCUAAAUUGUUUGUUGGGCAGAGAAGACAAUUAUGUGUACAAUGCCUUAAAUUUAAAAAAAUGAAAAGCGGUCAACAAACUCAUCACUCGAAAUUAUUUGCUAAUAUUUUAUAUCCUGUUACUACCGGAAGUCACUCUUGGAAGUGGUUGUUAGCCAUUUCACUUCUAUAUGCUGGUGGCUACCAAAAAGAGAGUAUGUUUUAGUUUCCAAUAGUUGUUUUAAUUAUUUGUUGAUUUUUUAAUUUGUUUCUCAUUCGAAAACUUAUUUCUUGAUCGACAAUGCUUGAAUCUUAUUUUAACUAACAUUUAUCAUGCAAGGAAAAGACCAAUUUGGGCAUAAGAAUUAACCGUCAGAAAAUAAGUAUGUAUUUUUCUGAUGACAUUAGCAAUAGUUUCUGAGAAUAAGAAAGGUUUACCGAAGUUAAUAAAAACAGUAGUGAAACAUUUUACAACAAACUGAGAAUGAAAAUAAAUGUGAAAAAAAACAAAAGUACUUGUAUGUGAAAAGGAAAUCACAAGUACCCAUAAAGCUACGAGGAAAUCAAAAAAUAAAUUAAAUAGAUGAAUUUGUGUAUCUAGGAAGUACAAUAAGCAAUGACGGACUUAAUAAGAGUGAAAUAGUAAAAUGUAUUUCCCAAGCCAAAAUAGCUUUUGACAGUAAAUAUAACCCUACUUCAAAGAACGUUUGAACUAAAAUUAGAAAUAACUUAUUGUAAACAUAUGUAUGGAGUAUAGCCUUAUACAGGUACGAGACCUGGACAAAAUCAGUGAAAGGUCAAAAAAGACUGGAAGCAUUUUAAAUGUGGGGUUAUAGGAGAAUAUUUAAAAUAAGGUGAAUAGAUAGAAUAAAUAAUAAGGAAGUCCUUGAAAGAAUGUCAGAAGGGAAGCUACUAUUGAAAUGUAUAAUAAAAGACAAUAAAUGGAUAGGGCAUAUAAUUAAUGAAUGAAUAAAUACUAAAAUUAAUUGUAAAAGGAAGUAUGGUAGGUAAAAAUCAUAAAAAAGACGAAGAUUAGAGUAUAUUCAUCAAUUAAUAAGUGUCCAAAGAUUCGAUUCAUAUAUAUAAAUGAAAAAAAGAGUAGAAAGUGGCUUCAAGUUGAAACCAUAAAUAGAGAGAGGAGAGUGAUAUACAAAGUUGACCUAUAACCCUAUAACAUCUCUAUAUCUAUUUUUAAAUCUAAACUGAUUACAGAGUAUACAUAUAAAAAUUAUAUGAAAUGUUUUUCAGUAUUUUGACUUUUUUUUCUGACAUUCUUCAAUUACAUUGGUUAAAUAAUUAGAAAUUUAAUUUUCUCGGGUGACCUUAAUUAGAAUAUUUUUACUUGUAGCUAAUCUAUAAAUAUUUAAAAUAUAAUUUCCAUUAAACCCCUGGUCUUUAGCUUAAUAAUAUAGCCACUAACACUUAGGUCUUGUAAACAAAUUAUAUGAGUACCUAUUUAAAUUUGUAUGAUUUUUUUUAUAGAUAUUUAUGAUUUGAUAAAAUAUGGAACAGUUGAAGAUUUAACUGGGUAAUAAUAUUAUUAUCAUAAUUAACAAAUAUUAUUAAUACAUAUAAGUAACAUUUUUUAGAUUUAUAAAUUUAAAUUUGAUAGUUACUUCUUUUUAACUUUUAGAUUUUUAAAAGAUAACCCUAAAGAAGUUAAUAAGUACAACGAAUAUGGUUGGACUCCAUUACUUGUAGCCGCAGCAAAUAACAAAUACAAUCAAAUUGAAGUUUUAUUAAAAUUCGGAGCAGAUCAAGAUAUGAGUGACAAUUUUUUAAGUGUCUACCAUGCCGCUAAAAAGCUAAAUAUACAUCCCGAAGAUGGUAAUAUAAAUAUGUAUAUUGUCAUUUAUUAUAUUAUGAUAUUGUGUUUUGUUUAACAUAAUACAUCCAUAAAAUAAUCAACAUUAUUUUAUAUGGCCAAUUGUAAUUCAUUGUUGCAAAUUAAUUUUAGUAGUAUUUUAUACUGAUAAAAGCUAAAAUAAUAUUGUUUCUCAUACAAUCUUAAAUUAAUUAAUAAAAAAACUUUUAAUCUAUAGAUAUAAACAAAUUAUAAUUAAGUUUAUUUAUGUGAAUAUAUCACACAAACACUUAGCUGAUUUUAAUUUGGUUUUCAUUUAUGGUUCACUAAGUACUGAUACAUUUUCAGUUAUUUCAUAUCCUAAAAAUCCACCUCUAUUGGGAUACACAAUGGACUCUUGAAUAUUGUUCUAUUGUACAAUUAUUAUUAUGUAAUUUGGUUAUCAAGGACAAAAAGAACACCUUUAUAAAAUAAAUAACUAUGGGCAUUCAUUUUUUAAUUAUAAUUUGUAUAUCUUAGACAUUUGUACUAAAUGUUAAUAACACAUUAUUGCGUUUUUAAUUAGGGAAAAAAUAAUUACCACACACUCAUUAGCUGACAACCUGCAUAAAAAAAUAUUUUUAAUGACUUAGUAUGGUUUAGCCAUUUAGCAUGUUAAGGUAUUCAAAACCAUAAGCGGGCUAUAAAUAUAUUGCUUAUAUUAUAUUAUAUACAAAAAUAUAUAUAUAUAUUAUUUGUUAUCCUUUGUAAUACAAUAAACUACAAUCUGUUAAAUAUAUUAUAACAAUCACAGGAUUUAUUAUAAAUAUUGUACUGUUUUACCAUGACCCCUCUAGCCAUUGCUAAUAUAAAUCAAUCAUUAAAAAAACUUAAGUUCAUCAAUCAUCAAAAUCGAAUAUUUAUUUAUUUUAAAAUGAUUUAAAAUAUUUAUUAAUGUAUACAUUUUAUUAAUUACCUAAUUAAUAAAUAAGAUUUAAAUUAUUUUAGAUUUAUAAUGAAAAAAAUAUAAUAUAUGUAUAGAAAAUUAUUUUUAUUUUUUAGUUAUUAAAAAGAGAGUGGAUGAUUUUUCAAAAGAUUUUAAUUUAAAUGGUAAAUUUCAAGGAUUUACUGCUCUUCAUUAUGCAGCAUUAUUUAAUAACAUUGAAGCAAUAAAUAUUCUAAUAAAAUAUGGAGCUGAUCCACAUUUAAAAUCUGUGACAGGCCAUAAACCAAUAGAUUUAGUGACACAUUCAAAUACAUACAAUUUAUUUCUGGACUAUGAAAAAAAUGUAAGUUAUAUACUAGUUUUUAAAAUAAUAUUCAAAAAUGAAUUAAAAUUAAAUAUAUAAAUAAAUGAAUGCAUAGAAUAUAAUGAAAUGUGUAUUGUAUAAAAAGUAAAACAUGAUUUCGUGAUUUUACCUGAUGACGAAUUUUUAAUUCGAAAUUGGUCGUAUAAUACACAUUUCAUAAUACUCCAGGCACUUAUUUAUUUAUUUACUAGUAUUAACCAUUUAAUAAUUUUGUUUUUACUUUAUUAUUUUAUUACAAAUUAAAAUUGUUAAUUAUAUAAAGUCAUAAAGAAAAACAAGGUGUUACUGUUGAUAGGUGUCUCAUUUUUAUAGAUAGGAAGUUAGAAAGGUAGGAUUAUUUAAAACUGUUAUAAAAAAAAUCUAUAUUAAUUUUAAUAUUUAAAUUUAGAAUGUAGUGAGGGAUCCAAUGGUUUUCCUUUGAUGUGUAUUUUUCUUUCUGACUGUGAACAACUUCUCUACCAGAAAUCUUAAUCCAAUAUAUAAAGUAUAGCAGUUUUUCUUUUAUUUUUCACAUACUUAGGACUGUCUAUAUAUAUAUUUUUUUUGUAGUUAUGGUGAAAAAUGUUGUUUUUUUAUUAGAAUAAAGACUAAAUUAGGUUCAUAAAGUUGUUAAUUAUUUACAAAAGUUUUAAAUAUAAAAUAUUAACUAUAAUUGCAAUUGAAAUUUGUGUGCUAAUCUUUGGAAAUAUUCAUAGUUUGUUGUUCUAUUUUUAAAAUAGUUGCAAAUAGUUUUCUGCUUUGUCUAAGUAGGUAUACAUGUGUCGCACUGUGGUAAAAUCUGGCACUCUGGUAGAAAAUUUCAUGUUAACAUAAUAAAAACAAUGAUAAUGGUAACAGAGUGUCAUGCCGUAAAAAUUUGCCGUUUUACCCAUAAUUUUCUUUCAGAUUUUCCCAAUUAUUUUGAAAACCACUUGAAAAAUCAAAAAAUUACCUCCCUAAACACCAACAAGAGAAAAAAAUAAUUUUCAGAAAAUGUGCUAUAGUCCAUAUUUCAAAGUAAGUUUUCUGAUAGAAAAGUUGUUCACAGACAGAAAAAAAAAGAAUCGGGAUGGGUGCGGCCGGGAGUGGGGAAAGUGAGAUACAUCAAGUUUUUUAAUUUAUACUUGUAUCCAACGAUUAAUCUAUGCUAACGAAAAACAAUUCUGAGCGGAGUUCAGCUAUAUAUGUUUUAAAAGACCGCUAUAUUUACAAUUUGAAAAUAAUGCAUUUCGUAGAUUUUUCUGUUUUUUUUUUUCAUUUUCAUUUGUGUGAUGGCAUGGUGCACAGCGUUUUAAUAAUGCACUACUACUCUCUCCGACCCAUACUUAAAAGUGAAAUAUCUCGUCAAUGAAUUGAAAAAAUGUCAACACUAGAUUUAUUAUAACUAAUACACCAUCUGUUUAUGGAAUUUUUAAUGUAAGUUGCUAAUUGAAAAUCAAAAAUAGGUAGUAGUUUUAUCCCCAAAAAUAUGCGUGACAAAAAAUAACAUAAAUGUAAAACUGUAGAGGUGCUUGUUUCUUUAGUAUUCUAUGAAACAGUUUCCAAAAAAAUUUAAUACUUUCCAAGAUUCCAUGCCUUAUGAUAUUGUGUAUAUUAUAUUAUAUUUAUUUUUAUUUAUCAUGUCAUUACAGUUUGAAUUAAUAAAAAAAAAACGAGAAGCAGAAGACAGAAAAAAAUUUCCUUUAGAAUUACGCCUCAAAGAGAAAAUUGUUGGCCAAGAAAAUGCUAUUAAAAUAGUCUCAUCUGGUAGUAUAUAUACUGUUUUGUAUUACACAGUAACAAAUAACAAAUCAUUAUUUUGUGAUCUUGUAUACACAAUUUAGCUAUCAGACGUAAAGAAAAUGGUUGGACAGAUGAAGAACAUCCAUUAGUAUUUUUAUUCCUUGGUUCAUCCGGCAUUGGAAAAACAGAGUUGGCAAAACAAAUAGCACACUAUAUGCAUAAAAAUAAAAAUAAUUUUAUUAGACUGGAUAUGUCUGAGUACCAAGAAAAACAUGAGGUUUAUAAAAAUACAGUUUAUCUAAAAUUAAUAAUUUAAUAUAAAUAGUAUUUAUUUAUUUAUUUCAUGAAAUAGGUUGCUAAAAUGAUUGGCUCUCCACCGGGUUAUGUUGGAUAUGAUGAUGGUGGAUUACUUACCAAGCAAUUAUCUCGAAAUCCAAAUGCAGUAGUGUUGUUUGAUGAAGUUGAUAAAGCCCAUAGAGAUGUAUUGACAAUAUUGCUACAAUUAUUUGAUGAAGUAAUAUUAAAUUAUGUAUUAUUAUCAAUUUUUAGUUAGUAAUAAUAUUAUGUCACAAUGCAACAUAAUAUAUUAUAUGUAACAUUUCAUAAUGUAUAUAUGCUUUUUUUAGAUGAGAGAUAAUUCCUUUUUAAACCUACACAUCACAGUACAUCACUUGUUUUUAAUACUGAAAUAGAAUGUCCUUGAUAAUAUAAUUUGAGAGGAAUAUCCCAUAAAUGUUACCAUAACAUAUUGAGAUUAAUAAUUUUAGAUUCUGAGUGGAGCAAAGAAUCUUAUGGUUUUACAAAGAUGUUUAUUUUUUUUUUAACUGUGUGCAAAUUUUCUACCAGAAGACUUGCUCAAAUUUUUUAAUAUAGCACUUUUUCUAAAUGGAAAUUGGUGUGGGGAAGUACUUUGAGCAGGUCAUUUUUUGAUUUUCUCAGCAAAUGUGAAAAACUGGGAAAAAAACAUGGGAAAACCAGAGAAAUUGGUACAAAAUUAAAAAAAUAUUAUCAAAGAAAAUAUAUAAAUCCAGUUAAAUUAUUUUACUAUAAUAUGACAUAUAUAUUGUUGACAAAGCAUCACUAUCAUCUGAACUCUGCUCAUUUUUUGUAAUUAAUGAUUUAUCAUUGCUCACAGGUAUAUAUUAAACUAUGUAUAACAGUGACUGCACCUGUCCCCAUUACCUUAGGAUGUCUUUUUAAAUUUAUAUCCAUUAAACUUUUAAAUUCCCAAAAAAAAUUAAAGUGUUAACAUGUUAACACUUAAUAAGACAUUAUGUAAAUUGUUCAUGACUGUAUUUAUAAUUUAUUGCUCGUUAAUAUUUUUCAAAUUUUUUUACCUAUGUAGUUGCUUCUAGAAAACUGGAAAAUGUCUGUGUUUUAAUAAUACAUUAAUUAAAUCAAUUGUAUGCAGGGUCGUUUAACGGAUGGCAAAGGAAAAACAAUAGAAUGCACAAAUGCCAUAUUUGUUAUGACAUCCAAUUUAGCCAGUGAAGAAAUUGCUGAGCAUGCUUUAGAAUUAAGAAAAGAACAACGUGAAAAUAAACUGUUAGAUGAUAGCCGUAAGAACAUUUAAAUCUGUUUAGAAUUUUCAUGUUUGUCACUUGAAUAAAUAAACUAAUUAAUUCACUGUUAAGGAUUGUCUAAUAAGAAAUUAAAAGAUAAACCAGAAGAAAUGCUUAUAUCCAAGAAAUUCAAAGAUAACAUUGUAAAACCCAUAUUAAAAAGACAUUUCCGAAGAGAUGAAUUUUUGGGCCGUAUAAAUGAAAUAGUAUACUUUUUACCCUUUUCAGAAAAGGAAUUGAAAACUAUUGUCCAUAGGGAGCUAAAACAUUGGCAAGAGUUGGUAUGUAAAACAUUUCUAUUGACUAAUGGGGUAUAUACAAUUUAAGUACAAUUUAGUUAUUUAGUAAUUUAUAGUUUGGUCUAUUUUUAGGUAUCUAAUUUUUGAACCACAAUGAAUUUUUACUAGAACUGGUGGCUGUACCACAUUUAAAAGUUUACAUUUAUUUAAAGUUUACUCAAUAGUUAGGCUUUUUAUUUUUUUCAUCUAUAGGUUUAAAAAAAAUAAAUAUAUUUCUUCAGGUAUUAACAGGUUUACUGGCAUUUAAAGCUAUAAACCUAACCUAACCUUACAUGUUUUAUCUAUAUUCUUCACAAAUUAUAAUCUUAAAAACAAAAGAAAAAAUCCAGUUUACUACAUUGUAAUCAUGUGCCUAUUUUUGUAAUUAAAGUGUUAUUUACAUUCAAAUUUAAUAAUUGUGAACAUUUAAAUAAUAUAUCUAUUAUUAUAUUUUAUUUGUUGUGGUGCCAUAACUAAAAAAAAAUCAUUUUUUAAUGCAAUUAAAUACAGACUUGAAUAUCAGACUUGAUUUCUCAAUUUUUUCUUUUUUUCUAGGCCAUGAAGAAACACAAGGUCAUUUUAGAAUGGGACAGUGGUGUGGAACAUGUUAUAAUGGGCGCCUAUGAUGUGAGUUAUGGAGCCAGAUCAAUUAAAUAUGAAGUUGAAAGGAGUAUAGUGUCUCAAAUAGCAAAAGCCCAUGAAAUUGGAGUAAUAAAAGAAAACACUGUAAUACGGGUAGUCUCAGAUCUGACCAAAGGUGACUAUGGCAGAGUCUUUCUAAAAAUAUUACACAACAAUAAAUUUUUAGGAUUGGAUGAAUUCUGAACAAUUGCCUGAACCAAUUGGGUUGUUAUAAAUAUUUAUACUCCUACUGUAAAAAUUCAAAUUUAAAUAAAUUAGUUAUUUAUUAUAUAAUUUUUAUAACAGCUAUAAUAUACAUUUAAUAUAUUAUAUUUCCACUACCUGAAUUUUGUUUUUCCUAAAUACAAUCUAGAAUGCUCAAGUCUGUUUGCUUACAAUUAGUUCAUCCCACUUAAACUUUUUUCACAAUCAUGUUUUUCACAGCUUCUAGAAAUCUGGUAUAGUCAUGGAAUUUGUACACAAUUAUAGAAUUUUAGAAAUUAUUUAAAAUUUGAAAAAGAGCAUGGA